UGACCGCGACAAUAGUCUGACGUUCAGCUACCUCAGGAAAUAAGCCACGGAGUGAAGCUACGUUUUAACUUGUUAUGUAAAGACACGCAACGAUGGUUAUAAGGGCCACGGUAUGCUAAUCAAGUCCUAUACCGCUACACACAGCCCAUGUAUAUGUGUAGAGGAAAACAAACAUGGAUCUCGGCUCGCUCCUCGACAUAAACACUGUGCUAGUGGCCAUUGUUGUGAUUCUGUUGAUCUGCUUGGUCAGUCGGUCACUGCAAUGGCCGGCCAACAUCCCGCCUGGUCCACCUGGCUAUCCUUUAUUGGGAAACCUACUUCUGCUACGACAGGGAAACAUACUGGAUACAUUCCGAAAUCUUCGAAAACAACAUGGCGACGUGUUUAGUGUAAAAGUUGGACCAAGUCUUACCGUUGUUUUCAAUGGAAUUGAUACAUUGAAGGAAGCUUUUAUCAAGCGCGCGGACGAAUUCUCUGACAGGCCAUACAGUUAUAUCUCAGACAAGGUGUUCGAAGGAAAAGGUAUUUUGUCAUCGUCCGGCGAACACUGGAAACUCACCAGGACAUUUUUCUUGAAAACUCUUCGGGAGUUUGGAUUUGGAGGCAGGUCAUUGGAAUCAAGAGUAAAAGAAGAAACAGCAUCUUUCUUAGAUAGCAUUGAGCAACACAACGGGUGCCCAUUUGACAUCAAGCCGUUGACAGCCUUGGCUGUGUCCAAUGUCACAUGCAGUAUUGCAUUUGGAAAUAGAUCUGAAUACACUGACGCAAGGUUUAAGCGAUUGACGUCCCUUUGUGCUGAGAACGUUCGGCUAACAGUGGAGAGCGGAGCUGUAAGAAACCUGCCUGGUGCCAGGUACCUUCCUGGAGACAUGUUCAACAUCAAAAAGUUGAUUAGCAAUUAUAACGAUAUCAAGGAAUGUAUCGAUGAACAAAUUAAUGAACACAGGACAAAGUUUGACGAAGAUAAUCAACGAGAUUUCAUUGAUGCUUUCCUUACCGAACAAAACAAACGUGGCAAGGAUGAACAGAUUUUUGAAGAUAUAAACUUGUCAGCUAUCAUCAUGAAUCUGUGUCUUGCCGGAACUAGCACAACAACUGGCACAUUUUUGUGGGCGAUACUGUACCUUCUUCACAAUAAAAACAUCCAGGACAAACUUCGAAAGGAGAUAGAGUCAGUGGUCGGGACGUCCAGGUUUCCGUCACUCGCCGAUAAACGCGCCUUGCCUUACAACGAGGCGUUUAUGACAGAAGUACAUCGAAUGGCCAACUUCGCACCAUUUUCUGUGCCUCGUGGUGCCACGAAGGACAUCCAGUUCCGUGGAAUGACUAUACCAAGUGGGUCGGUGAUCCUGGUUUCCCUUGACUCCGUAAUGAACGAUCCUAACAUCUUUGAAAAUCCUGACACAUUUAAUCCCGAGAGAUAUCUAGGACAGGACGGACAACUCAAUGGCAAAGAGAGAAACGUCAUACCCUUCUCGCUAGGGCCACGAACCUGUCUCGGAGAAUCCUUGGCAAGGCUGGAACUAUUCACACUGAUGACAUCGUUGCUGCAGAGAUUCGAGUUCCUCCCUGAGGUACCGGACCAACUUCCCUCACUCGAACCUAUCCCAAGGCUGGCAAGGGCGCCGAAAGAUUUCAAAUGCCGGAUCGUUAAGAUUAAAUGAUAAAUGUUUGACUCAUUGAAUCGAUUUGGUUUUGGUAAAGUGUGUACUGAAUGGUUCAAUUUUUAGCAGUAGAAUAUAUUGUCAGAUAAAAUACUGUCAAAACGUAUCUGUUGCAAAACGUUAAGUAAGGGAGAUACGCAUAUUUCAAAAUAGAAUGCAUUUAGAGAUCUACAUUCUAUUGCUGGAUCAGUUGGUGAACUUUUUUUACAUACAUUUGGAUUAAUGUAUAUUAAAAGCUGCUGCUUUCAAGGACAAAAUCCCCCCAACCUUGAACGCAAUAUUCAAACCUUGAACGCAAUAUUCAAACCUUUUGCAACAGGAUACGCCGUUCCUUUGUCAAGAGUUUGCACUCCAAGAGAAAAGUGGAGGACAAUCAUAUUCUCAUACUAAUGUUCAAAAGGUGUCUAUCAACAAGGUUUGCGUCUAAAGGGUUCAUUGCCAAGGAAAUCACAAAAGACUCUGAGCUAUCUACAAAAUAGUCAACUUGCGUUCUCCGAAAACAAGUAUGUGAUGUGACUGUGUCAUUGUCGUAAAUGAGAUUACAAUUGAAUUCAAAUGAGGCAGUGAAACUGCAUGGCAUUCGGAGUAUAGGUUAAACAAAAGAGUCCUUGUAUUCUAAAUGGAGGAAUCCUAUAGUAAUUGUUGAUUUGAAGAACAUGUUUUCCAUUAAGAGAAGGCUACGUAAAAGGGUUUAAAGCCGUAUGUCCUCAGAUCAAAGGAAAGUAAGGUAUAUCACCAAAUUGACCUACAAGAUAUUAAUAUUCCUUGUUGAAACACCAGAAAAUUCCUGUGUUCAAUUGACACAUAUUUUUUCUCAAUAUGUUAAUUUCCAUCAAAUUAAGGUGGGAAUAGUUAUCUCAGUUACUUUAUCUCACGAACAAGCCUUCGGUCAAUACAAUCUGUCUCGUAUUGAUAAAAAGGCAAUACCACACAUGUUUGUUUGUCUGACGUCCAAUAUUGCACGAAUGCAUUGCGUGUAUGGAUAUAUUUCACAACGGCUUUCAGCCCUAGUGCAAUAUAUCAAUUUGCUAAAUGAACGAGUGUAAUCUGUGACGUUAUAUGUGGUAUUGCCUAUAUAAUAUACCUACAAUUAAUGUAUAUGCUUUCAUUAUAUCUUUUGUAAAUCGUUACUCAUAAUAACCCUGUAAUAAUAUUCAAAUUGUUUCCACCAUAAAUUGAACUAGAUGACAAUGGUUUACAAAACGACGUCAGGAAUGGCUUAAUGACGUCACGUCACAUAGAAUUAAAAUGGCGCUAAAUCAUUCGGAACUCAUUAUUGUAAACACUCAUCGAUUUGUUCAAUAGAUAACAACCGAUGAGUUCUAGAUUAAUUUUAUUUUUCUGAUUUCGACCAAAUACAACAACAUUUUGCAUUAUCAAAGUGAAAUAUAGGAAUUUGUAUUGCAUGACGUCACAACUGCUACCAUCACUAUAGUAACAUUCGUGUAUGUAAUAAAUCAUUGUCUCACCCUAAGCAGUGAUAAAUAAUCGUAUAGCAGAACCUGUCUGCACAUACGAAUGUUUACACAGUGUAGCGUACACGGACAGUAAAUCUGUCGUGUGUGUUUAUAUAUACGGUUUUUUUUAGCAGCAAUAUCACACAACAUGUGUUUCUACGUUAUAACACAGAAACUUGACGUUUGCUUGAUUAAACACUGAAAGUAAAUUCUGUUUCAAAACGUUUGUCAAGCCGAAAUAAGUAAGCUAGCGAGUGAUGUUCUCCGAUCAAAGGUCCCUAUGAAGAAAACUGAAAUCGUUUUCAGAGGGCAAAACCACAGGGACCUGAGAAUUUGAAACAGCUAUAUUUGGACCUAAACAAAGGUGUUAAGAGUGAUUUUACAUGUUUUAGAGGUUUAGAUCGACUUUCGGUAAAAGUGCCACCCUCAAUUCUUAAAUAACGACCGAAAGUCAAUCUAAACCCGUUAAACAUGUGAUAUUACUCUGUGCACUUUACUCUAGGUCCGAAUACAGCUGUAACAAAUUAUCAGGUCCAUUCAAGCAAUACUUUAUACUUUCCCAAAUUGUACAACUCAUGAGAGCGAAAGUAAGCGUAACAGCAGAACGACAGACAAGGCAAUUUGAUAUAUAUAUCUAAUAGAGAUUAUAAGCGGGGGGAAAUACAAUGUUUUGAUAAAUCAUGCGUCAUCGAAAACAUGGAGACCUCUGGUUUCGAUCGUCACUCUUACCAUGAAAAUCGGCUUCGAUUGUGGUAAUACCUGGAAUAAAAUAUACCAGUACCUAAUCUAUUAUAUGCCAAUAUGUCUUUUACAAACGAGCAUGCCGACCAUUCACGCAGAGAGUUAAGACUUAUUUUUUUGAAACUUCCAGAGUAAAACAGGUGUAUGGAGUUGAGAUACGUUGAAGAGGUUAGAAAAUUUUGAAUUGAUAUACAUGUAUGUACGGAGUAGCAUAUAAACAACUAAUAACAUGUACGUAUAAGACUAGUACUGUGAACUCAUGUGUUGAUGUAAAAUAUAACUUAAAUUUUGAAUUGAUCUUGCUGGUUAUAUUUUCCGCCUGAGACUGAGUCAUGAGAAAAUAUUUUCCUGGAAUCAACUGUUUAAUUCUUCCACAUGUAAAACAUGUUUAUAUUAAAAUUAACAUAUGCACUUGA